AGUAAAACUUCAGAACGAAUUUUUGAUAUUUGUAAACGUACUAAAAAGAGCUGUCAAGUAGCCAAGUAUGGCUACAUACUUUUCUUAUUGUACAUAUGGAAAAACGUUGGUAUCGAAUAAUAAAUAUAUAUGUUUUUUAAUUAGAAAUCGAAAAUCAUUAUCACGUACAUCGUUUGGUAAUAAUAGGUUUUUAUACAAAUCAAAUUGGACUUGUGACACUGUACGAACAUGUUCAACAAACACGAAACAACAGAAUACAUCAACGAAAUCAAAUACCGAUGGAGGUGGAGCUUUACCUACAGUACUAACAAAAAAAAAUUGGAAAGAUAAAGUACAAACAAAUAAAAUACUGACGGCACAUGAUGGCAUACAAACUAGACAAUGUUUUCAUCCAGGUGCGGCAGCGUUACCAAUCGAAAAAGUACAAUUUGGAGCGAAUACUCCAAAGCCUGUUACUGGAGUUGAAAUGAUGCAAGCGAUGAUGAGUUAUAUAUGGCCUAAAGAUGAUCCAAGUAUUAGACAACGGGUGAAAAUAGCAUUAGGAUUGUUGCUUGGUGCAAAAGUUUGUAAUAUUGGUGUACCUUUUAUGUUCAAAUAUGCAGUAGAUUAUUUAAACAUGAAUAAUACGUUAAAUUUAGACACAGCGCCCAACACUAUUGCCACAGUAUCGACAGCACUUUUACUUGGAUAUGGUGCCGCUAGGUUGGGUUCAUCUGCAUUUAAUGAAUUACGAAAUGCAGUCUUUUCAAGAGUUGCACAACAUUCCAUUCGUCGAAUCGCUCGUAAUGUCUUUGUUCAUUUACAUAAUUUAGAUUUAUCAUUUCAUUUAAGUCGACAAACUGGAGCUCUUAGUAAGACAAUUGAUAGAGGAUCAAGAGGAAUAAACUUCGUACUGGUGGCAAUGAUAUUUAAUAUUGUACCAACAAUUAUUGAGCUAAGUAUGGUAUCAACAAUUUUAGCAAUCAAUUGUGGAUCUGCAUUUGCCGGUGUGGCGUUAGGAUGUGUGGGUAUUUACGGAGUUUAUACUCUAGCCAUUACGCAAUGGCGUACAAAAUUUCGAGUAUAUAUGAAUCGAGCUGAAAAUGAGGCUGGAAAUCAAGCCGUUGAUUCAUUAAUUAAUUACGAAACUGUUAAAUAUUUUAAUAACGAAAAUUAUGAGGCUGAAAAGUAUGACCGUGCCUUAAAAAAAUAUGAAGAUGCCUCUUUAAAAACAAACUCAUCAUUGGCUUUGCUGAAUUUUGGACAACAAGCUAUAUUUAGUUGUGCUUUGAGUACUAUAAUGAUAUUAGCUGCUAAAGAUAUUGUAGCUGGUAAUUUAACUGUCGGUGAUUUGGUUAUGGUUAAUGGACUCUUAUUCCAAUUAAGUAUACCAUUGGGAUUCUUAGGCAGUGUUUAUCGUGAAGUUCGACAAGCAUUGAUUGAUAUGCAAACUAUGUUUACUUUAAUGACCAUGGAUACUAUAAUUAAGAGCAACGAGAAUGCUCCGCCGUUAUGUGUUGAUUCAAAAACUGCCUCAAUUGAAUUUCGUAAUGUAAAUUUUGGAUAUAUGCCGACUCAACCCAUUUUUAAAGAUUUAUCAUUUACGAUACCGGCUGGAAAGAAAAUUGCCAUUGUUGGUGGAUCCGGUUCUGGAAAAUCAACUAUAAUAAGAUUAUUAUUCCGCUUUUUUGAACCACAAUCAGGUGAAAUAUUGAUUAAUGGACAAAAUAUACGAGAUGUUGAUUUAGACAGUUUACGCAAAGCAAUCGCUGUUGUACCACAAGAUUCUGUUUUAUUUAAUGAUACAAUAAGGCAUAAUCUACAGUAUGGAGAUUUAUCAAAAUCAGUGCAAGAAAUGGAAAAAGCAGCUAAAAUGGCAGAUUUGCACGAAUCAAUAUUAAAAUGGCCAAAUAAAUACGAUACACAAGUUGGUGAACGUGGUUUAAAAAUAUCAGGUGGUGAAAAACAGAGAGUUGCUAUUGCUAGAGCUAUUUUAAAAAAUUCUCCAAUUCUUGUUUUUGAUGAAGCCACCAGUUCAUUGGAUUCGAUUACAGAAUGGAAUAUUCUUGAAGCCGUAAGACGAGCAACAACCGGUCGUACAAGUAUAUGUAUAGCACAUCGCUUAAGCACUGUAUCUGAUGCAGAUGAAAUUUUGGUUAUUGAAAAUGGGAAAGUUAGUGAACGAGGAACACACACGGAUUUAUGUACUAAACCAAAAUCAUUGUAUGCGAGACUAAUACAAAAACAGCAAAUGAAUGCCUCUAACAUAAAUAUAUCAUAAUUUUAUUUUAUUUUUUUAAUUAGUAAAAUUUGUAUUUAUGGUCAUGGCGUUUGAAAAACCAUUGUUUAUUUUAUGUGUAUAUAUAUUAAAAAAAAAAAAAAAAAAAAAAACGAAAAAAAGAUGCAUUGUGUCCAGUGUUUUCACUUAAAAAUAACACGUUACGAUUACAUCGUUCGUAAAACGAGGAUAAAGUAGUAUUGUUAUGUUUACCAAAGAAUAGAUGUAUAAAGAGUCUGAAUUCUUAGUACAGGGGUGGUCAAGCUCCUUGAUAGUCUGGACCAUUACGUCACUGUUCGUUCUCUCUCUUAUGUUCUAUCGGUAGUUUUCGAUAAGUCAUAUGAUUCUUAACUUGGACGGAAAUGAAAUUUGUUACAACGUUGCACUUAGUCUUUCGUAAUUGCUAUCAGUAAUUUUAGUCGUACUCGUUUCAUGCUCUUCUAAACCUGAACCCUUUACAUCUCUUUUAUUUAAAGAAACCAAGAUUUAAAAAAAAUGGAUUAUGGUAUUUUUUGAAACGUAUUUUUCCAAACUUUUUUCAAAGAAAAAUUAUUAUGUUCGUCUUAAUAUUUUAAUAAUAAUGCUAAGCUUUUGGUGAUAGACUAUUAUAUCUAAUUUAAAAUUCAACU